UUCACUAUCUGAUACCACCAUGUUUGCUCAACUAGAUACUAAACAGUCGAUCAUUGACUAUUGCCGUUCUUGCCCAGAAGAUCAACUUAUUGGAGGCUUGAGAUCUGGCAACCAGGUCGUCAAGCUUCCAGGUUGUGACUUGGUAGUCAAGUUUGGCCCACAUGUCUUCGCCUAUGAAGCAAAGAACCAGCAAGAAGCAUACAGCAUAAUUGAUCAAAACAUCAUCAUAGUCCCUCGGGUUCAUGAUUUUUUCGUGGAUGAUGAGAGGUGGGGCUACAUGAUAUCGGAUUUCAUUCCGGGCGAAACUAUCGAUUCUCUUUCAGAAUCUCAUAUCCAAAAGCUCGCCCACGUUCUUGAGCAUUUACAAUCUAUCACUGCCGAUAGGGCUGGUAGCCUAUGUGGUGGCCCCUCGAUUGGCUUGCUCUGGCCAGAUACAAAUGAUCUGAUAAUCAACACUGUCCAGCAAGUGGAGGAGUGGUUCAACAGCCGGCUUUUUCCUGGAGAUGGCAAGGUUUAUUUUGAACCUAGCCCAUUGGUACUCUGUCAUUUAGAUAUAGCCCCCCGAAACAUUAUCUGGUUGGAUGAUGGUAGUAUCUGUUUACUGGACUGGGCUUCAGCAGGAUUCUAUCCGAGAUUGUUGGAAUUUGCCAGUCUAUUCUUCCAAGAACAUCAUUUUACUAGAAUGCUUCUGGAAGCCGUCGAUUUUGACCCUGGUCGUGAAGAAGGAAAAGUGCAAAGGAUCCACCAGGCAUUGUAUCACAAUGAAAAGUACUCCUUUUGUUCACACGAUGAAACAGCUGAUUGCAUCUUUCCUCUUCCCCUGAUUCCAGAACCGCAAAAGCUUCCGACUUGACAAUGUUGGAAUCGUCAUAGAAUAUCAUGGGAAUGAGUGAUAUAAGAGGAUGAAUGCUUGGGCAUGGUGUAAACUGAGUUAUAAAGUCUAUUAAAGUAAAGACUAAACAGAGUGUGCAGAGAUGUAUGUUUACCUCUCAACACGGCGAAAGUAGAGAGCAAGAAGCUGUGGCCAGAGAUGGUCCACGGUGAUUUCAAGGGCACCGGCCCUUACGCGGUAUAGGAAGCGCUGGAUAAUUGUGUAAUUAAAAUACUAUUUCUGACAGUCUGCAUAUUUUCAUAGCUAGUCGUGCUAGCUUUACUGAAGCCAUUGUAUAUAACCACUAGAGAAAGCAAGGAGAAGGAGAAGGAGGUGUAAAAAAUAAGUGAGAAGGGUUAGUAAGCCUAUGGUAUCUACUAUAUAGAGGUCUAGUGAAGGGAGAC